CUUAGUGAACUGGACUACUGUUAUCUACAUGCACCGGCUGGCUCACUACCGGACCUCUCUUUGUUGUGUCGUUUUCAAUCACAAAUUUCGUCGUAAUUUGGUCUAUAGUAGGAACACGAACUAUGGCAGACACUACAGGAAAAGACGCCAUUUCAAACGGGCACCAAAAGGAAAUCCUCCGUUACACCUACACCCCUGAAGACCUGGUGCUGCAAUCAUCUCCAUGGAAGAAGUUUAGCCGUAGUAAGGUAAAAUAUAAUAAGUUUGAUGAGGAGUUGUGCAGAAGGUGGGAUGAAGCCAUGGAGGCAGGAAUGUUCCGGUAUAAACUGGAUGCUUUACAGACCAAGAUUCUACCUGGAACUUUGAGAUUCGUUGCACAGUUGAAUGUGAAGAGGGCCCAGGAAAGAAGAGCUCCACAAAACAUCAUAGGAAUGAACCAUCCCUUUGACCCAAAGAAGUUCAACUUCACCAAAAUCAAACCUGGAGAGGUAUUGUUUGAACUUUGUCCUGAAAGAGACUCAUCACAUCAGGAGAAUGAAAGAGUUUCACAGAAUGGAACAGCAUCAGAUGAAGCACCAACAAGCAAAAGGGUCAAGAAGUCUUCCCACGUGGUUAUAAUAAAUGUAAGCCCCCUUGCAUAUGGGAAUAUACUACUGGUGCCUUCUCUACAAGACUGUCAGCCUCAGGUGUUAACAGAAGAGGCACUUCUGCUUGCAAUAGAGAUGACACUUCUCAGCCAGCACCAGGGUUUCAGGAUGGGGUUCAACAGUCUGUGUGCAUACUCAUCUGUCAAUCAUCUGCAUUUCCAUGGUUACUACCUGGAACAUGAGCUGGGAACUGAGAGCUGUGUGAUAGUGCCCUUCCACUCUGGUAUCCAUGUCCUCAACAGUGACUACCCAGCACUGGGGUUUGCAUUCCAACUGCAGGGAAAAGAUGUUACAGGAUUGGCAAGACAAGUGUACAAGGUUGCUAACUACCUCCAGAGCCAUGAGAUCGCACACAACGUGUUCAUGACCAGGGGAACACAGUUUGGGGAGGACGCCAACAGUCCCAACAGAACCCUCAGGGUCUUCCUAUGGCCCAGGAGGCCUGUAACAGGUGCAAAGGAUGACUUUGUCUUCAACCCUGCACUGUGUGAACUUGCUGGACAUCUUCCUAUUAAAGUUGAAGACGGAUUCAAGUCGCUCACAGAGGAAGAAGCUGUCAAAACACUCAAGACGCAGUCCUUGUCAAAAGAGGAGUUUGAUGCCUUGAAAACAGAAAUAGCAACAGUGCUGGGAUAACAAGAAUCAUGUUGACAUGUAUUCCAUCGAUUUUACUACCUCCUGAUCACUGUGAAAGGAACUCAAUCUGGUAAUACUUCAAACAUUGUGAACUCUGGUUAUUUCAAUAUGUACAAGUGAUGUUACUUGUAAUGGACCUAAAAUAGGCUUGCUAUGUGACAAUCACAGUAAUGUGUAAAAAGUGAAAUUUUUGUUUGUAAUGUUUCUUUUUAAAAAAUCAGGUAUCCAAAGUAAUCCUUUUACUUGUAUAUAUGAUAUUUACUCAUAUAUUGAUUAAGAAACAGAGAAUAUGAACUUACAGUUCAUAAUUAUGUUUGAUUUUUUUAAUCAAGAAGAAAACAUACUUCUUACAUUGGUUACAUUUUGUUGAUCUAGAGCUUGUAUAGGGUUAUUGAAUAUCUAAUGACUGUCCACUACACUCUAGCAUAUCAUAUCUAAUUUGAGAUAUAAUACACUUCCAUAAGACAGAAUGAAAUUGUCCUAAUUGUCCUCAGUAGCAUUAACUAUCUACAUGGCUAAAUAGUCACUGCGAAUCUAAAUAAAACAAGACUGUCACAUGGGCAGUGAAAAUGUAUGCAGGAGACAAGCCUUCACAAUUUCACAUUCUUCACACAGAAAUUGGGAAAGUACUAGUAGUUUAUAGUACUUAUACUUGAAGAUUCCUUUUAUUAUCUAUCGUCUUCGAGUGGUAAUAAAAUGAAGAACAACAA